CAGCUUAAAUCCAUCUCUCUCCCUCUUCCCUUUUCUCCUCUCUUUCUCCAUGGAUUCCGAUUUCUGGACCUCUCGUCUUGCAGCUGCUAAACGUCAGUUAAAUUUACAGCAAAACCAUUCCUACAAUCAUCAAACUUCUCAACUGGUAGAUAGGCUGAGCAUCGAUGAUUUCGAGGUUGAAGAAGAGGUCCGACCCGAUUUUCCAUGCCCGUAUUGUUAUGAGGAUUUUGAUAUUGCCUCUCUUUGUUCACAUCUCGAAGAGGAACAUUCUUGCGAGUCCAGAGUAACUGUCUGUCCCAUUUGUUCUCAUAAAGUUUCAAGGGACAUGCUAAGUCAUAUUACAGUGCAACAUGGACACUUACUGAGGGUGCAGCGGCGCCGUAGAUUACGUAAAGUUGCAAUUCCUAGCAGCCAGGCGCUUUCUCUACUAGGUAGAGAUCUUCGUGAAGCUCAUUUGCAGGUACUUUUAGGAGGCAGUGGAUAUCGAUCAAGCACUGCAACAUCAACCACUGCAGCGGCAGCCAAUGACCCCUUCCUCUCAUCUCUAGUUUUGAACUACCCCACAUUUGAAGCAGAGGAAAUUUCAAAAUCUGUUUUAUCCAGUGUUGAGGACUCUACUACAAAGAGUGUGACAUCACAACAUAUAUGGAAGUUAAGUUUUGACCCUUCACUUAGUGCGGAAGAGAGAGAAAAGAGGAUAAGACAGGCUACUGGAAGAGCUGUUUUCGUGCAAGAUCUGUUUGCCUCUUCUCUGUUAGCUGACUAAUUGGAGGACAUAGUGAUGCAUAAUCAUCCAUCUCCUCAAGUCCUCUCAAUCAAAGAUUUGGUCCCUGAGAAAGAUUAUUACCUAGUUUGUUUUUCGCUUUAAUGAUAUUGUGAUAUUGUAAUUUGUAAUCUAGGCAUUGCAGAAAAGUAGUUUGUCAUGGCAAGAAGGAUUUUAAUCAGGACAACAGCACUAGAUGUGUACCAGCAGUGUUGCACCAUUUGUUUUAAUUAUUUUUCCUUUAUAGUUUUCCUCCUACUCUCACUGUUUUAUUCUCUUGUGAUACAAAGGAGAAAAAGAAAGUUUAUAUCUCUAAUAUUUGUUGA